GUCAUGCUGGUCCUGGUUUUGGUGGUCCUCAUCCCUGUGCUGGUCAGCUCUGUUGGCACAGGUGGCAUAGAUGACAGCGCAAGCCACUAUGAGAUGCUGGGUACCUGCCGCAUGGUUUGUGAUCCCUUCCCCAGCACGGGUACAACGGGCACAGGUGUGCACCCGGGCACAGAUACAGCAACCACAGGCCUACAGGUGGACAACGAGGCAGGUCUGAGUGAUCACAGCAUCGGCCCACCGCUACCUACUUACAGUGCUCAUGGCUCACAUGGAAAAUCAGGACGUCCGGGCAAGCCUGGACCACCAGGACCUCCUGGAGAGCCAGGCCCACCAGGACCUAAGGGACCACCAGGAGAUAGUGUGGAUAUAGUCCGGACUGGGAUACUAGGUUUAGGGGGUAAAGGGGCAGUUAGCACCACCACCUACAACACCACGCCUCGGGUGGCAUUUUAUGCAGGACUACGAAACCCUCAAGAAGGUUAUGACAUUCUGCGGUUUGAUGACGUGGUGACUAACAUUGGUGGUAACUAUGAGGGCGCGACGGGCAAGUUCACCUGUAAGAUCCCUGGCACCUACUUUUUCAUCUACAAUGUGCUGAUGAGGGGAGGAGAUGGCACCAGCAUGUGGGCUGACCUGAUCAAGAAUGGUCUGGUGAGGGCCAGCGCCAUUGCCCAAGACCAGGACCAGAGCUAUGACUACGCCAGCAACAGUGUCAUCCUUCAUUUGGAUGCAGGCGAUGAGGUUUUCAUAAAACUGGAUGGGGGCAAGGCUCAUGGGGGCAACAGCAACAAAUAUAGCACCUUCUCAGGGUUCAUCCUAUAUGCCGACUGA